AUUCUAUGCUUCUCUUGCAGCUCGAGUGCGCGCCUGCGCGUGCGCGUUUCGGAUGCAAAACGCAGCGUCGUCAUUUAUUCAAGCAUGAGAGGGAAAAACGCUCCACAGUUUCAGCAUCCGCACGGACGGAGGUUCAUUCAGAAGAGAGCACACACCGUGGACAUCGUCUUGAUCGAUUUGGGAGGCAUUAAAUAAUGUGUCAUACCCACUACUAAGACAUCACUAAAUCAGAGCUCCCAUAAGGAUAUUCAUUUGGAUUGGUUUCAUGGAAUCCCGACCUGCUUUCCUUCAUCCGCCCAGAAACGAUAAACCCAAGGCAUGCUGGGAUUCUGAGACCAAGCCCUCAGGACAGCACAGAAAGGGAAACAUCUCUCCUGGAACCAGGACAAGACUUAGAGAGAAUCAUGGGAUUGAAGUAGAAGCUAAAGAGCAAGAGGAGAUAUCCAACUCCAAGGAAUCCACUGGCCAUGUAAAAACACUAAAACACACAGCAUUAGCUACCACUGCCAUUCCAGCCGCAGAACCCCUCCCUGCAUCCACAGCUGCGUCGCGAAUACCCACCAUGCACUUAGCUACGACCAAGCAGGUCACUGCAAGAACAGUCAACACAACCGCUAUGACUAAAAUAGCAUCAAAUCAACCAACCAAAGCAACUGCAUCUGGAGUGGAGGUCUUAAGUUUAUCCAGUCAACCUCAACCCAGUGGGCUAAAACUGAGAUCCCCAAAUGCAAGCCAUGAGAAGAAGCUACAAGCGAAAACAUUUCCCAAAAAUAUCCAAAAGACAGCCUCAGCGUCUCAUAUCAUGGGCUCCGCAGACUCCCCACAACAGACGCUUCACAAAACAGCUUCUGCUUCCCAGAUUUCCUCUACCGACUCUCCCAAGAGUCUCAACCGGACUUCUCUUUCGCACAUUCCUCGAGCCACUUCCAGCCCCAAACUUAAACUAUCCCACCCUGCAUCUCUCAAAGUGGACAAAACUGAGCGUAAUAGAAGAGUUACGGCCAAAGAGGGACCGCUAUCGACUUCUCCUAAAGAUAAAAUGAUUGACACUGUGGUGGAGAGCAAACUGCAACUGGGGGCGAAAGCAGCAGGAGAGAGUCCUCAGGGACGCCAGGAGCAAGUGAUAAAGAGCAGGAUUGAGAGAGAAGGAGAAACGCUAGGAGAUGAAAGAGAGGACACUGUCCUUCAGGAAAGAGACCUCACCGUGAUUUGCUCAAUAGGGUGCAAGCAAACCUCCUCGCUGUCAUCGAAACAAGCAACAGACCCCUCUACUGAACAGCUGAAAGAGCCUGAAGACAAGACUGAUGCAAAUGUCAGAACCCAAGAGAAGCAUGCAGGGAAUAGUCAGAGACAGAAAGGAAAGGAGGAAAGGAGACUGACAGGAGAGAGAAAGGGUGAAGCAGAUAUUAAGAAGGAAAAAAUGCAGACUGAGGUCAAGACGGAUACAGUGAUGCAUGAAAAGAUAAAGAUUCUGACAUCCAAGCAACUGAAUGAUUGCUUGACAACUGAAGGUUUCCCAGUAACCGAAACAAAGGAUGUAGCACUGCAGGCGGAUCUGCAUCCGGUGUACGUUGACAUUGAGGUCCAGGCGGUCAUGGAGGUCUGCAGCAGAUCCACAGACAUGAGUCCGGUCCGUGACUCUCAACCCCGUCAAUUGAACCCUGAGGUUAACCUCAACCCUAAAUUGGGCCUACACAAUGAUUUCAACCCCGAUAGCAACUCAGACUCUGAUUGGUUGCCAACUGUAGCCUUACCAGACCUCAGAUCAAUGGGAGCCAAGCCUAGAUUUCUAGGUCCACCUCCUUACAAGUCUCCCAAUAGCCAGAAACCUCUUCAACAUGUGUGUCAAAUAGAGAUCGAACUUCGUAGCCAGUCGCCGCAAACUCUUGGUUCGGUUCCGCCGAAAGUCACUGUCAGCGAAUUCGGCGCAUCUUGUCAACUUUCACCCGGGGUGCCGGACAAGAUCUCCAAGGGCUCUAUAAGGCCGCUCGACUCUGGGAGAACAGGAGAAGUGGACGGAGAAAAGGAGGAGAAUGGUGCACCUCAGCAGAUCAUCUGGGAUGAGCAGGGAAUGACGUGGGAAGUGUAUGGAGCGUCGCUGGAUAUGGAGUCACUGGGAUUUGCCAUCCAGAACCACCUGCAGUGCAAGAUCCGUGAACACGAGCGGCGCAUCGGCACACUCCGGAAGUCCAUAUGCCUCUCAGAACAAUCGCCCGGAAAGGGCAGGACAGGAAAGAGGAAGAGCAAUGUCUUCAGAUCACUGUUCGCUGGAUCUAAUUGCUGCUCAAAACCACAACCCAAAGAGGAACUGCCAAAGUGACUCAUUUUUCGGUAACACUUUAUUUCCACUUUAGACAUUCUACUAACUAUAAGUAACUUUGCAACUACUUGUCUACUAGCAGUCAUUAGAUAAGUAGACUGUCUCUUUAAUAUCUGCUAACACUAUCUUAAUGGUCCCCCAACAGACUUUCUACUGACUAAAAGUAACUUUGCAACUACAUGUCAACUUAUUCUACUAACUAGGCUUGUUGCGAUAGUCGUGUUACCGGUGUUCAGCCACAACACCGGUUACAUCACUUGCCCGCCACACCACUGCCCCUCACCGUCGUUUUGAUUUUUUUAUAGUAAUAAAAAUCAUUUAGUUCAGUUAGAGAACAGACAUUAUAAUUAAAACCUGAACGUGUCUGCUCAUUAUGGCCUGAGCCAAAAGAGAGUCGCAGCGCAGAUCAGCAGCAGGAGUCAGAUUUCAUUUAUCACGAGAGUGAGGAGCUGACUGACAAGUAUUAAGCUUAUAUGCGGAGGACAAAAUCCAGCUGGAACUGGAAAGUCGCACGCAGCCCUACGUCACCGGACUUAAUCUUCACGGUACUUUAGACCACGAUGGAAAUGCAGACAGCAACAGGUCUGGGGGAAAAAAUGUUCCUGGGACAAAUUGUUCCAGGUAAUUUUGGUGGAAAAGCGGCUAUAGUUAGUAGAGUGUGUAAAGUGGAAUACCAAAAUAAAGUGUAACCCAUUUAUAUGUAAAUGUAUUUUAUAGAUGGCGGAUAAACUGGAGAAUGUAUAGCAGACUUACAAAUGUCUAAAAACAUGUAGUCGACCAUUUCUUCACAAACUGGAAGGUCUUAAAAUGACUUCUUGUCAAUGGCCGAGUCCCAGAUCUCGAACUUCGUGUCUCAUGGCCUACGCAUGAUUAUGAAGUGCAUGAGACUGUAGAGUGUCCCAUUUGUCAUUUUAUGAUUCAGAAAGCGCCACUUUUUCCUGCACUGAUGCAGAGUGGUUCUUGGUUCUGGAAGGUUAUUAAAUGUCUCUUAAAGUGAUAGUUCGCCCAAAAAAAGAACAUUUUAUCAUCAUUUACUCACCCUCAUGUUGUUCUAAACCUUGCAUGACUUUCUUUAUUCUAUGGAACACAAAAAGAAGAUAUUUUGAGGAACCUUUGGAACAAAACAACACUGGACCACAUUGACUUUUUUCACUUCUUUGACAUUUGUGUUUCACAGAAGAAUGAAUCUUACAUAGUUUUGGAUGUAUUUAUGAGUGUGAGUAUUUCACUUUGGGGUCAACUAUCCCUUUAAGACUCAUUCUCCAAUCUACAAACACCAAUUUCUAGAUGUUGUCAGUGUGUUCACACAGUUUGUGUUUGUUGGGGGAAGAGUGGAAAUUGCAAUUGUGUUUCUCAACAUUGUAAAGCCAACAUCCAACAUUAGAAUAUUUGAAAUGCUGGUAUUUGUUGAAGUGAUGUGAACUAGCCUUUAGACUUGAGUUAAUGUGUUCACUUAAACAUUAAUCUACAAGUGAACUGUUCACUUAUGUAACUUUAUUGAAAGUUCAAUGACGUUUUUUCAGUUUUGUACAGGAAAAAUUGUCUAUUCACAGUAUUAACUUGUGUAAAACUGAAUGUCAAUGUAUAUUUAGCUAAACAUUUUUCAAAACCAACUCUUUUUUUUUAAUCACUUUUCUUUGGUCUUUUUAACAGAAAAAUCUACAUUAUGGGUUUAAACUGUCUCAGAACUGGUUUGAAAACUGGUUUCUGUAUUUUAGGAACAUUGAAUGUCUUCUCAGAACAGUUAAUGACUGUCUAAAUCACACUACGUCACUUUGUACUCACCUGAACAACUUCAAGCACUGGUAGUUGUAGUCAAUGCUGGUAAUCUCAUUGAAAAAGGAUGACUUUCAAUUGCUUUAUCACUGCAAAAAGCCCUUUAGAGUGACAUGAUGCUGGGCUGAUAAUCACUAUAGAGCACUUUAAUGGAAUAAAACUAUGCUUGUGAUGUUCUAUAUGGUGUGAUCUGUGUCUGAUGUUACACAAACAGAAAUGGUUAAAACUCCUGGGUUUUGUUUUCUGAGCACUGUGAUUGGUGUGUGAUCUCAUGUUAUUUUUACCAAGGUACCAGGACUUGACUGAAUGAGGUCUUUGUGUUUUUCCGUUAGAGCUCUAAGUGAUGUCUACUGAAUAUUUUAUCUUUUCCGUGUGAGGGAGCAAGACGUAGAUAUCGACUUGAAUUGAGUUAUCUUUGUUUUAAAUGAUGUCUGAAUUGAGUCUAGCUCUAAAUAUUUCAGUCGGGCCGGUGGUGCAGCGUUGAUAUUGUUUCUGCAGCACUCAGAGUAAAUCAAACAUACGUACAUUUACUGAGUCCUGUGUUCGGUCGACAUUAUGGACCCUACGGAGCAUCUGCCCUACUUACUUCAGAGAAAUGAACUGUGCAGUAAAUGGUGUGAUAGCUCUCUUUCAUAUCUCUAUUUUGCUCUCUUUAUAGAUGUAUAUAUAACACAAACUCCAUUCAGACUUUGAUUUGUAGAAUUUCAGUUCAAGGUGUGUAGUUUUUCUCUUUUUUUUCUUCAGAAAUUUAAGGUUUGAAAAUCUCCCAGUCUCCCUUAGAUUGAUAGAAUAUUCAACACGCAAAAUGCACUAUGUUGCCAAAUUUUUUUGGGACGCCUGCCUUUAUGUGCAUGUGAACUUUAAUGACAUCCCAUUCUUAAUCUGUAGGGUUUAAUAUGGAGUUGGCCCACCCUUUGCAGCUAUAACAGCCUCAAAUUGUUUAUGGGAAUUUUUGACCAUUCUUCUAGAAGCGCAUUUGUGAGGUCAGGCAGUGAUGUUGGAUGAGAAGGCCUGGCUCACAGUCUCCGCUCUAAUUCAUCCCAAAGGUGUUCUAUCGGGUUGAGGUCAGGACUCUGUGCAGGCCAGUCCAGUUCCUCCACACCAAACUCGCUCAUCCAUGUCUUUAUGAACCUUGCUUUGUGCACUGGUGCGCAGUCAUGUUGGAACAGGAAGGGGCCAUCCCCAAACUGUUCCCACAAAGUUGGGAGCAUGAAAUUGUCCAAAAUGUCUUGGUAUCCUGAAGCAUUAAGAGUUCCUUUCACUGGAACUAAGGGUCAAGCCUAACCCCUGAAAAACAACCCCACACCAUAAUCCCCCCUCCACCAAACUUUACACUUGGCACAAUGCAGUCAGGCAAGUACCGUUCUCCUGGCAACCACCAAACCCAGACAGAGAAGUAUGAUUGGUCACUCCAGAGAACACGUCUCCACUGUUCUAGAGUCCAGUGGCGGUGUGCUUUACACCACUGCAUCCGACGCUUUGCAUUGCACUUGGUGAUGUAAGGCUUGGAUGCAGCUGCUCGGCCAUGGAAACCCAUUCCAUGAAGCUCUCUACGCACUGUUCUUGAGCUCAUCUGAAGGCCACAUGAAGUUUGGAGGUCUGUAGCUAAUGACUCUGCAGAAAGUUGGCGACUUCUGCGCACUGUGUGCCUCAUCAUGCGCUGACCCCGCUCUGUGAUUUUACGUGGCCUACCACUUCGUGGCUGAGUUGCUGUUGUUCCCAAUUGCUUCCACUUUGUUAUGAUACCACUAACAGUUGAUCGUGGAAUAUUUAGUAGUGAGGAAAUUUCACGAAUGGACUUAUUGCACAGGUGGCAACCUAUCACGGUACCACGCUUGAAUUCACUGAGCUCCUGAGAGCGACACAUUCUCUCACAAAUGUUUGUAGAAGCAGUCUGCAUGCCUAGCUGCUUGAUUUUAUACACCUGUGGCCAUGGAAGUGAUUGGAACACCUGAAUUCAAUAUUUGCAUACUUUAUUGUAAUUGCCCUUCCUUGCAAAUGCAAAUGUAACCAUUCAUUGUUGUUUUUUUAUGGAAUGGAAUACUAGCCUACAAUUUACUGUAUACUGUGCAGUAUUGUAUUAUUAGUGUAUUAUGCUCAGUAGUAUGUACUGUAGUAGGCAUAAACUAAACCUUUACACUAUUUAUUGGCUACCAUGCAAGUGCUGCUGUUUCCUUAAGAAAAUGUUACGGUCUCCUCCCGAAUGAGUUAUUUAUAGUGUAUUAAAAUGUCUAUGUUUUGAGUACUUGCUGAUCUUUUAUUCAGGACUUCUGCUGUGUUUACAGCGGAAACAUGCUGUGAUCCAUCUGUGUGUGUGUAUGCGAGAGAGAGAGAGGCCAAACACACACAGUGUUAAUGCUAAUUCCCCUAAUGCAUGUUUAAAUCAACUAUAUUUAGGAGUGUAACACAUUUUAGUUCAUCCAAAUAAUUUUCUUUGUUCUACAGAGGCAUUAUCUUAAAUAAUCAUGAUAAUUCUGAUGGGGACGCAUGUUCUCAAAUCUUGUCAUCUUGUUGGGAUCCUAUACGAACAAAUAACAUUAAUAACAUCCUUUGGUUUGAGGAAUUAAUUUAUAAAAAUAAAAGAAUAAACGAAUCAGUGUCAGCAUGAGAAUGUGGACGGUGGCGCGCAUACACAACCUCACACACCCCCUCAUCUGAUUGGACGAGCGGAGGGUUAGAGGCGGCCUGUGAUUGGAGAAUCUGU